GGGAGGGGCACAGGGCACAGUAUCCUAGCAACUACAUCACGCAAACAUAAUGAAACAUGGCGGAUGAUAAGGAUAAUGCAGAGGCCAUCCUCUCAGAGGUUCACAAGAAGAUCAGCGAUGCCUUUGAUCUAUUUGACCAUGAGUUCAACAAAACAGUAGAUGUCAGGGAAAUUGGAACCAUAAUACGGUCACUGGGAUGUUUUCCAUCAGAGGUAGAGUUACAUGAUGUCAUUUCUGAAGCUGAAGAUGAGGAGCCAAUGGGAUACAUUCGCUUCGAGAGGUUCCUUCCCGUCAUGACGAGGGUCCUGAUGGAGCGCAAGUUCCGGCCCAUCACAGAGGAUCUGCUGCUCCAGGCGUUUGAGGUUUUGGAUCAACAGAAUAAAGGCUAUUUAGAAGCAGAAGAAUUAACAAAGUAUAUGACUCUGGAAGGGGAACCCUUCACCCAAGAGGAGAUGGAAGAGAUGCUCUCAGCUGCCCUCGACCCAGAGAAGAAUGUCAUCGCCUACAAGGACUUUGUGAGCAUGAUGGUCAUCGAUGAUGCUCAGUGACCGCAAGGUCCGAACCCAAACAGUGGCUGACUGGGGAGUGGUCCAGGCCCCGAACCUAUUUCCAGUCCAGGCUGGGUAAAAAAAAAAGCAAACACAAAAUGAAAAUGGGAUGAGGGCUUAGGAAGAGGAUGGUAAUUAAAAACAAAAUCAUUUUCUUUUCUUUUCCUUAUUUAUUUAUAUACAUAGAUAUGGUGUUCUUUCCUUUUUUACUGUAAUGUCUAUUCCUUGUCUUUCCUUUGAUUCAAUCACAAAUUAUACUGUAUUGUGAUUGCCAGACAAAACAAAGAGAGAAAAAAGAAAAAAAAAGGAAAAAAGUCCUCCAAUGAUGGGGGGGGGGGGGGGGGGGCGGUUGGUGGUGGGAUAAAAAACAAAAACAAAAAAAACAAACAACACACAAAACGCCAUCGACUCAUUACAUUCUACUGUCAAUGAGGAUGAUAAUAAUAUUCCGUUAAAAAAGCUAAGUCUUUCUUUAAUUACGUGUUCUCUGUUCUCCUUAAGAGUCUCCAGAGAAAUACAGAAGGUAUUCCCACAAAUCCUUUAUUAUUGGUUCUAUUUCUCCAAAGCUAAUAUAAUUUUACUCAAUUCACUGCAAAUAGUGUUUGCUAGAUUUGUAUGUGUUUACUUGUUGUUUGAAAAAGCCUGCUGUUUUAUUGGGUUAGGAUUUAUGUACAACCUGAAAUGUAAUAAACCAGCCAUACUCCUCUGAACCCAGGAGGUCUAUACUUGUGGAGA